AUGGAUAUCAUUCUAGAAUUGUGGGACACCUUCAUUGGUGAUCAACUGUAUUCCACUCUUCUCCCCAACUCCAUCGCCUCGUCCGUCUCCUUUCAGGGCUUCGUCAAUGCCGCCAACAGCUCUCUGUCCUUGUUCGGCGCAGCCGAACCAUUUAUCUAUGAACCGGCUACUCAGUUGAUUCAUCUCGAACCCUCCAAAUAUGCCUAUCUCAGCGCGUGGCCACGGAAUAACAUCUACCGCCAAUUCACCAGUUUCUUCUUGAUCACUUGGAUCUUCGGUCUCCUCGUUUACUUUGUGGUUGCGACGCUCUCCUAUAUCUUCGUCUGGGACAAAACCACCUACAACCAUCCCAAAUUCUUGCGAAACCAGAUUUCCAUGGAGAUCAAGCAGGCCAUGGGCGCCAUGCCCCCAAUGGCCCUCUUGACCGCGCCUUUCUUUGUCCUGGAAGUUCGGGGCUACGCUAAGCUCUACGACACCGUCGCCGAGGAACCCUUCCGGUUUUACAGCAUUCUCCAGAUCCCAUUCUUCAUCUUCUUCACCGAUUUCUUCAUCUACUGGAUCCACCGUGGUUUGCACCACCCGCGUGUCUACAAAGCCCUCCAUAAGCCACACCACAAAUGGAUCAUGCCGAGUCCUUUCGCCUCCCACGCCUUCCACCCCUUGGACGGCUGGUCCCAAAGUGUGCCAUACCACGUGUUCCCGUUCAUCUUCCCCCUGCAAAAGGUGGCCUAUGUAUUCCUCUUCGGUUUCAUCAACCUUUGGACUGUCUUCAUUCAUGAUGGAGAGUAUGUCGCCAACAGCCCAUUUGUGAAUGGAGCUGCCUGUCAUACUAUGCACCACUUGUACUUCAACUACAACUACGGACAGUUCACUACGCUAUGGGAUCGUUUGGGGGGUAGCUACCGCAAACCUAAUGAGGAACUCUUCCGACGGGAGACCAAGAUGGGUGAUCAGGAAUGGAAACGGCAGGCCAAGGAGAUGGAGGCCAUCUUGAAGACUGUUGAGGGUGAAGAUGAUCGCAGCUACUCCGCCGCCCAGAAGAAAACCCUUUGA